AUGAGUUAUAAUUUAUGUAAAUCUGGUAUAUUACUUCAACAAACAACAAAACAAUAUAAUCAAUUAUAUAUACAAGAAUUAAAUAAUAAUAUACAAAAUGAUAAUUUAACACAAAAAAUUAUAUCAAUUAGUCUUGAAAGACUUUUAAUAAUUGGUCAAUAUCCUAAAAAUGAUAUAUGGUGUUUAUAUGAAAUACAUGCACGUAUUUAUACAUUAUUACAAGGAUCAAAUGAAAAUACAUAUUCAUUAAAUAAUGAAAAUGUUAAUGAAGAACAAAGAAUGAUUAAUAGUUCAUCAAUAAUAUCAUCAUCAGAUAAUAUUCUUGUUGAACUUGUUGCAGAAUAA